AUGGUUAUCGCUAACUUCAACAAUCAUCGUAUCAUUCAAUGGAAGAUUGGUGAUACGAAUGGACAAGUGGUAGCUGGUGGCAAUGGCCCAGGAAAUGGAUUGAAUCAAUUGAUUUAUCCAAUCGAUGUGCUGAUUGACAAAGAGACGGAUAGUCUCGUUAUUUGUGAUGAAGGGAAUCGACGAGUCGUACGAUGGUUUCGUCGUAGUGGUACAACUCAAGGAGAAAUUCUCGUCGACAACAUCUGGUGUAGGGGAUUGGCUCUGGAUGAUCAGAGAUAUCUCUACAUCUCUGACACCGAAAAACAUGAAGUAAGACGAUAUCAAAUAGGAGACAAGAAUGGAACUAUCGUGGCUGGUGGCAAUGGCCGAGGUGCUAGUCUCAAUCAACUCAACUCUCCGAGCUGCGUCUUUGCCGAUCGACAACAGACUAUCUACGUAUCAGACAAAGAAAAUAACCGUGUGAUGAAAUGGUAUAAAGGUGCAAAAGAAGGAAUUGUCGUCGCUGGGGGUCAAGAAGGCUACGGGAAUGCUCUGACACAAGUGUAUUAUCCUUACGGACUGUUCGUCGAUACAUUGGGUACCAUCUAUAUAGCAGACUCACAGAAUGAUCGCGUGAUGCGUUGGCCUAAAGGAGCAAAACAGGGCACUGUCAUUGUGGGUGGACAUGGUCAAGGAGAAGGAGCAAAUCAGUUCAACCUUCCUGGAAGUUUGUCCUUUGAUCGACAUGGAAAUCUCUAUGUUGCCGAUGUGAAUAAUAAUCGUGUCCAACGAUUUUCGAUCAAAUAGACUCAUUGCGAUGGAUUAUUAUUUUUUCUUUCCUUUCUAUCAAAUAAACCACGUUGAAUUGAUCAAAGGAAUGGCUGUUCUAUUCGCUUGUGCGGCCAGGAACCAUUCUGGUGGAGCCAUGGUGAGCGUAACGUUCAUGCACAGGCAGGACAGACUCAAAUCAGGGUGUGGGUGUGGGUAUGGGUGUGGGUGGGGGUGUGGGUGUGGGGUGUGUGUGUGUGUGGGUGGGUGUGGGUGUGGGUGUGGGUGUGGGUGUGGGUG